AUGGACCUGUCAGAGUUGCUGAACCGGUUUGGUCAGCUACAGACCCACGUAAACUCGGACACGAUUUCGGUUUCUUCUGAAACCUCUUCUGUCCUUUCACCUUCGCGAGCUGGAAAGAAAAAGCGUCAUCGGAAGUCAAAAGCCUCUAGGUCAAACCGAUCAGCAGCAACUCUGUCGGAUAGUACAAUUCCCGCGGUUCCCUUCAAUGGAGUUUCUACCUCGACCGAUUCUGGUAUCCCAUCUAGGCAGUAUCCUGAACUGUCAUCAAUCUACCUGAUUCCACGUGGGUUUGAAAACCGCCGUAAUUGCUGCUAUCUGAACGUAUCAUUGCAAACGUUGCUGCACACUCCACCGUUUAUUGAUUCAUUCCGUGCGCUCCAAAAUCAGCGCUAUUUUCUGCCUCCUGUUGACGGUACCGAUCAGCUCACUUUCAAACAGGACGCAUUGUGUAGAGUAAUGCUUGAUGUGAUUCACCAGUAUGCCUUGACCUCACCUCAUGAGAAGACUAAGCGCGGUUCUUCCAAGUGUGAUUCCAUGGACCCUUAUUCCAGUGCUACCAAACAAAGCCGGAACCCCGUUUCCUUAGAUGGGUUCAGGCAGGCGAUUUGCUCUUUUAAUCUCGGUUCACCUAUUGUACCCGAUGAACGGUUCGCUCGAAUCUUGAACCUAACCGGAGGAAUGCAGGAAGACGGAGCAGAGUGCCUCAAUCGCAUAUUAUCCCGGUUUCACGAAGAAAUUGGUGAACUUAACUCGAAAACGUCCUCUAGUGCCACACAGGACCACGAUGGUUGCGAACAGGAAGACCCAGACGAUUGGAUCGUCACGGAUCGAAGCGGCAAGCGUCGCCCGCAAGCUCGACAGAUCCAGCUUCAAGGAGGGCACAGUCAGAUCUCCGAUCUGUUCUCCGGUGUUCUGAUCACCCGUUCCGCUAUGAAACACACACAGCCGCCGACCAAAGGUCUAUCGGUGGACGAAAUGACGCGUCAGGCCAAAUUGUUUUCCACAAAAGAGCCAUUCUUCAUACUUCCAUUGGAAAUCGAUGAUCAGAAAGUCACAUCGAUUGAAACUGCCCUCACAAGGCUCACUGAAGCGGAACGGGUGUCAGACUACGAAGACAAGACAGUUGGCAUAACCUCACAGCUAAAUCGGCGUUUGGCAAUCGAUCGACUUCCGCCUUACCUCAUACUGCAACUGAAACGCUUCGCUUGUGUCCCUCUGGAUGUAUCACUAACCAACGGUCAUUCUGGACAGUCGUGGACUGUGCAGAAAUCCUUAAAGCUGAUCACUGUUCAAUCCGAGUUUGUUGUCCCACGAAAACUACUCAGCGAUGAAAACACCUUCACUUUUGAUCAGCGUCGUUAUCGUCUGCAUGCUGUGAUUUUCCACGUCGGUCAGUCAGCCGCUUCAGGGCACUACACUGUUGCCAUUCGAUGGGGCGAUCGGAGUCUUAAUCGAUCCGCAAAUGAUGCACCACCGAGUUUCCUUUACCUGGAUGACACGCGCGCCUGUUGCCUGCAGGGUGUGGAUGCAAUCAAAUCCCUGCUGUCCACACAUCGUCCGCUGAAUGCGACUACUCUCGAAUUUGGUGUUGUUCCUCGUGAUGGGCCAACUGCCGUCCAUUCUGACAUUAGCCAGCAGCCGCGAACACCGUAUCUUCUUGUAUAUGAGGCUUGUGUCCUAGCUUCGAAUCAUCGGACUGGCUAA